AUGGAGCAGCAGCAGCAGCAGCACGCCAAGGUGGAGCGUUUCCUGAAGCUGGGUUACUGCCACAGCGACAUCCUGCGGGUCCUGGACAGCCUCCGGCACGACGCCCAGACCAACGACAUCCUGGAGGAGCUGAUCAAGACCUGCCACACCCGCAGCGACCACACGGGCCCCAACAGCCCCAAACUGGUGUCCCGAGGCUGCAGCCCCGGUCCCAGUCAGCCCAGACCAGCAGCAGACCAGGAACCAGUGGCCGGCUUCAGACCAGUGGUGAUAGACGGCAGCAACGUGGCCAUGAGCCAUGGGGACAAGAAGGUGUUCUCGUGCCAGGGCCUCCUGCUGGCAGUGAACUGGUUCUGGGACAAAGGGCUGAGGGACAUCACGGUGUUCGUCCCUCUGUGGAGGAAGGAGCAGCCGCGACCCGAGGCGCCCAUCACAGAUCAGCAUGUGCUGCAUGAGCUGGAGAGGAGGAAGAUCCUGGUGUACACGCCGUCUCGCUGCGUCAACGGGAAGCGGGUGGUGUGCUACGAUGACCGUUACAUCAUCAAGCUGGCCUUCGACUCCGACGGCAUCAUCGUCUCCAACGACAACUACCGCGACCUGCAGACGGAGACGCCCAAGUGGAAGAAGUUCAUCGAGGAGAGGCUGCUGAUGUACAGCUUCGCUAACGACAAGUUCAUGCCUCCAGACGAUCCUCUGGGCAGAAACGGUCCCACCAUCGAUGAUUUCCUUCGGAAGAAGCCGUGGACUCCAGACAACAAGCUGCAGCACUGCCCUUAUGGAAAGAAAUGUACUUAUGGUGUCAAGUGUAAGUUCUACCACCCGGAGCGGGCCAACCAGUCGCAGCUGUCCGUGGCCGACGAGCUGAGGGCCCUGAGGGCCAAGAGCUUCUCGCCCAAACCAAGCCUGCAGGACACAGGCUUCAGUCCCGCCGUCCACCAGCCGGAGCUCAGAUACACUCCUCCUCUGGCUGAAGAUCAGCUGAGAGCUUCACCCAGCGAGCUGCUCUACCUCAGAGACAGCAGCAGCCCCAGGAUCAGCUUCCACCCCAACCAGGAGGUGGACGAGGCCUUCAGCUCCAUGGAGAGCUCCAUGUCCAGGUUCUCCAUCCACGUCCAUGACGGUCCCUACAGCGUGGAGCGUCCUCCCCACAGCUACAGCAGCGGAGUGGCCAGCUACAGGAGCCACGACGACUUCUCCCACUCCGGCUCCUUCAGCGGGAGCAGCAGGAGGCCCUGCCUGGCCGGAGGAGGAGGAGGAGGAGGAGGAGGAGGAGGAGGAGGCUACUACUCCCACUCCCACCACAGCAGUGACCUCCACCAGGUGUGCAGCCAGUGCAGGUGCCACCAGGACACCAGGAUGUCUCCUCACCACCACCAUGCUUGGGGCUCCUGCCCGUCUCUGCCUCCUCACAGCAGGGAGCCUCCUCAUUUCCCAGAGAACCAGUACCUGAGGCCCCCCAGGCAGAGCCAGAGCCUCCCCAGGGACCCCUGGCAGGGCGGGGCCAAGGGCCCCUGCAGCGAGCAGAGGAAGGGCCUGAGGAGCCAGCUGAGCACGCUGUUCCCUCAGAGCACCGUGGAGCAGGUGAUGAACAUCUACCCUCAUGUCUCAGACAUGUCCCAGCUCAUCUCCCUCAUCCAGAGCUACAGAACCAGCCACAUCUCCUUCUAG